CACUCCUGCUCCCAAGGUUCUGUUGGCACGGAGUCUGUUGAGCCAGUUGACGGAUUCUCUGCCUGCGCAGCAGACGUGGAGCAUCCGUCUUCUCCAUCCCAGCUGGGAAUAGAGAGUGAUUUGCUGACAUUUGCGAGCCAAACUCUGGACUGACUGUACAGGUUUGGAAGAGCAGUGUUCUGUCUUCUGAAAAAUCUGUACUGGGCUGCCUAAAGGAAGAGUAGGGAUUGAUCUCAUCCCUGACAUUCCUUUUUGGUCUUUGCCCGACUUUCUUUGACGGUAUUUUUCGGUCUCAAAGCACCAUGAGCUCACGUCAGCGAAAGCGCCGUGGAGGAGCAGUUGGCUCCACACCAGCUCGGAAAAGGAGCAGGCUGCUGCCCUCCAGCGCAGGUGGAGCUUCGCAGACAGAGCCGAUAGACCUUGAGGAAAGUGGUGCGCCUGCUUUUGAGCCUGCUUGCAGAGAAUUCAUAGAUCUCACAGGUGAAUCUUCUGGGCCUGAAGUCAUUACUAUCAGUGAUUAUGAGUCUCCUGGGAACGGGGAGCAGAGCCAGCAGCAGCCACAUGUUUCCAGAGCAUCAGAGAAUUAUGUUGAGCCACUGGCAAGGAACGAUGAAGGGGAGCCAAGAGAAGAUGAUGGUGCAUGGCCAGCAGGUCCUGCUAGUCCUCUGAUGAAGGAGGGUGACAGCUCACAGGAGCAGGACAAGGAACAGAGCCAGCAGUACCCACUUGGUUCUAGAGAGGCAGAGAUCUCAGCCGAGCUACGGGCGAGUGAUACUGAAGAGGAACCAAGAAAUAACAAUGAUGCAUGGACAGCACGUCUCAUUAGUCCUCCAAUCUUUGAGGACGCCUGUGCAGAGAGCCAGCAGUACCCACUUGGUUCCAGAGCAGAAGAGAAUGCAGCUGAAGCACUGGCGAAUGAGAGUGAAGAGGAACUGCAAGAUAUUGAAUUCAGGCCCUCUGGAAGCCUCCUCUGUGUGCUUUGCAUGAGUUGCUACACACAGCUUCUUCAAGGUGAGUUGAUGUUUUACAGUUGGUAAUGGACUUUUAUCUAAAAUGUAAUAGUUUUUUUUGUUGUUCUUUUCCAAGAAAGUCCAGCGGUGGGGAUUGAAACUGCUUUUAGCAAAAGGCAAAGCACAGGGCUAAAGCUUCUGGCCGGUGUCUUAGACAACAGAUGCAAUGUGUGUGUGAUGGCCUCUGUCAGUCACAGUGGAAAAUCCCUGCAAUAGAAGUGGUAGCUGAAUACUUAUGCAGAAGGAACUUUAAUUUGGUAACAUUUUCUGCAAUUUUAAUUGAUCAGUGAUUGAUUAGUGUGACAUGGACACUGGAGUUGCAGAGGUCAUUGUUGCCUGCUGUUUCUGAGAGUUAAAAGGCAAAGAGCAUUUCUUGACCCUUUGGCUGUUACAGACCAGGCCGUUAGAAAUGGUUCUCCCUGUAACUUGGUCAAUAUGUUGUCCACAAAAGUUGGAUUUGUUACUGGGGUGCAACAGGUAAAUAAUGAUACACUUGGGAGAGACAUUGGUUGCUUGUUUCAAUGUUUCACGAGUCUGGGUGCUCAGUGGUAUUUCACAAAUCAGACACACCCACUAUCAAAAUAACUUUUAUUAUUUAUAAAUUUUCAACAAACAAAGAAAUUAGCAUUAAAUGGUUACAAGUGGCACGGUUAUCUUCUUAGCUAGUAUUCUGUCUUCUUUUGGUUAGUGAUUGUCUCACUUCUCCCUGUCAUUAGUCCAGUCAGUCCAUUGCUCAGUCUCCCUCUUGUUUUGGGCUGGGGAGUUUCUUGAGUUGCUGCUCCAUGAGGUGGUGGUGGCAAUCUCCCCCUGCAGGAAUUACCUUUUACCAGUCAGAGCUGAUUUCAGGAGAGUUGGGUUUUUUAGUUUCUUCCUGAUCUUGGGAGUUGUUCCAGAUGUCCUUUUGGCUCCUCAAUCCUGCAUUUUUUGUGUCCAUUCUCAGUGGGCAUCCUUCUCCCCAAGCUUUGUUAACCCUUCCCUGGGUCUGAGCUCCUUGAAGUCUGUCAAGCCCUGAACCUUAACAAGGCAAUUCUACCAAGAAGAAUGGGAAUGGGAAUUUGCCCAUGGGCAUCACUUAGAGCUUGUUUGUGUGUUGCUGUUUAUUUAAUGGAAUAAAUCUCCCUUCUGGUUGAUUUGGCUUGAAAGUGUAAUCAAACACAUCAAUACAAAGAACAUCCUUCCUUUUCACAUUCUGUAUUUUGUAUCAGAUAUAACUUAUGCAAAUUAAAUUACAGUUUAUCAACAGCAAAGGACAAGGCCCACCCUGAACAGCCAGGAACAGGUGCAUGGCUCUGAUAUUGGAACAGGAGCUAAUGAUGCACCUGUGGCUGAUUCCGCCCCUGCAGGACAGGGAGCAGCAGAGGAGGGAGCUGCACUUUCAGAGUAUGUAUGGCUCAUGCCCUACCAAACACAGAAUUUUGUGCCUUUUUUUGUUUUCUGCAUAGGACUAAGUUAUACAGGUAUGCCGGGUUUAUCUUUGAAGCCUUCCCAUACUCUCUGUAUUUCCCUCCUUCUCCCAUGUUGCAUGAUGACCAAAUGACACCAUUUGCAUUUUGGGAGAAAAAGGCAGCCCAGAGCAGAUGUACAACUUUGCACAGAGCCUUAGAGAUGAGUGUGGGGGUACGGCAAAGAAUGGGAAUUAUUUGAUCAAACCCGAGAGCUGGGUGACUGACUACACCUUUCUUCUAGUGAAACCAGGACACUCCUUCCCUCAGGGCAGGGUGACCCCAGAUCCUCAUUAAAUACAGCAAACAGAGAGCUAAAGACAGUGGGGUUCUUCAACGGAAAUGUGUCAUGGCUAGUCAGUGCAGCCAUGAUUAUGUGAGAAUUUAUGUAUCAAUAACCAUUGAAGUGUGUUGGUCUUAUCAGCUGCAUGUUCUUUCUAGCUCUGCUUCCUCUAGUGCACAGCAAGGAGUUGUCAUUAGGUGUCCCAUUUGCAUGGAUGGUUACUCAGAGGUAAGGAUCCACCUGUUGUUGUCCUUUCUGUUUUGUGGGAGAAGGAAGCCAGAAGGGCAGCUUCCAGCCAGCUGCCCACAGCAUUCCACAUCAUCCAAGUCCGUUGGAUGAUGUGGAAUGCUGUGGGCAGCUGGCUGGAAGCACAGCCCUUGAUGCUGUGAAGGUCCACAUGUCACUCCUUGGUGAAGUGACACUGGCAGAUCUGAGAGACCCUCAUUAUUUUGAUUUCAGAUGCUCCCAGUCUCAUUUGCCUGGUGCCAAUAGAGCAGAAAUCUCAAAUUCUUUCCUCCCAAAACAUGUUGUGAUUUUCUUUCCUUCCAGAUUAUGCAAAGUGGACGAAUACUUGUGGCAACCAUGUGUGGCCAUGUCUUCUGUAGCGAGUGCCUCCCUGUUGCCCUGGAGACUGUUGGCAUGUGCCCAACUUGCAGGGAGGAACUUACUCCAGAUCUAUAUAUUCCCAUUUAUUUAUGAGUGCUUCUCAGGACAGACUCAGAUGUAUCUUGGACAACAGACAGUGUAGAGAUUUGUUUUCUUCAUGUAUAUAGUUCUUCCUGUAUAUAGUUUCAUUUUUGCUGAAUUCAAUUUAAAUAAAGUUUUGAUUGAUUUAAA